UGACUGCAGUCUUUGAUGGCUGGACAAACAUCAAGCGGGAGUAUCUUUUUGGUGUUGUCUUCAUUACUUCUCAGGGUGAAGCUUUGGUUUGGAAUGUAUAUGACAUUAGUGAUCAACGAUCAAGAACUGAGGAUGUGAAACUCCUUAUUAAAGGUAUAAUGGAUGAUGCCGAAGAAAAAGACAUAAAAAUUAAUUGUUAUGUAUCAAAUUCUGCUGGCGAGUAUGCAGCUGCAAGAUAA